UGAAUAUAAAAGUUCUUCUUAUCUACUUUCUCCUCUAAUAAAAUCAUCGUUUGAAGCUAACAGAUUCUUCAGUUGUUCUUGUUAGCAUCACCAUGGCUGCUAAUCUAUUCAAACUCUCUGCUCUUCUAAGUCUCUUUUCAACAUUCAGUAGUCCAUGGGCACCUGAAAAUAAUGAAAGAGUGAGCAUUUUUCCUCCAACGUGUAAUCGAAUUGAAUGCCCCAGCUUUGAUGUUAUUCAUGUGGGCAAUGGUUUUGAAAUUCGGAGAUAUAAUUCGUCAAUGUGGAUGUCUACUGCUCCUAUCGAUGGCAUCUCUUAUGUCGAAUCAACUAGAACCGGUUUCCUACAGCUUUUCGACUACAUUCAAGGGAAGAAUGAAUACAAGAAGAAAAUUGAAAUGACUGCUCCAGUUAUCACUCAAAUCUCCCCAAGCGACGGGCCAUUCUGUGCAUCAUCAUUCGUUGUUAGCUUUUAUGUACCUAAAGAGAACCAAGCUAAUGUACCUCCAGCAAAAGGCUUACACGUUCAAAAAUGGAACACGAAAUAUGCAGCAGUAAGGCAAUUUGGUGGGUUCAUAUCUGGUGACGAUGAACUUGGAGAGGAAGCAGCUGCAUUGCAUGCUAGUCUUGCUGGUUCUAAAUGGUCAUCUGCUGUGGACAAAAGCAGACUAUCUUCAGAAUCUGCUUACACUGUGGCAGGCUAUAACUCUCCGUUUGAAUUUGAGAACAGGGUGAAUGAGAUAUGGAUGAUGUUCGAGAUGGAAGAGUAAAUCAUUAUCAAUGAACAGUGAUCAUUUCCUCAUCGAGUUUACAGUUAAUAAUCGAUCUACAUAUCGGAUGCAUAAGAAUAGAAGCUAAGCCAUGCGUAGUUACUUUCUCCAUGAAUAAAAAUGCUAAGGUCUGUACUUUGGUUUUUGAUAAUUGAUCCAACUACUUUAUUUAUGAAUUUUAUGUAUGUUUUUAUUCUAUCAGAUUCAAAUAAAACCUGAGGAUUUAUAAUCCCAAUUUCCAAAA